GGUAGACAAAUUCCCAUUUGGAGUGUGGCCAACAUGCUGUCAUUUAGCUACCUAACAAGUCUCUUCCUUCAUCUUCACCUAAACCAUCAACUACUCAAUUCUUUCUCUCAUCCUUUUCUUCAUUUCUAUCACAACAUUUUUUUUUUCCCUCCAAGUUUUCAUAGCAUUUUUGUACUAAAGGUUAUCGUUCUUCCGGUAAAAUGGAGUUUUUCUUUAGGAAUACAAGUGAUGACUCUUCAGGUUUCCAGCAAGACAUUGCUAGGUGCCCAUUUUUGACGAAUAUCAACGAACCAACUAGUUUUUCCUUCUCAAGCUCCGUUGGUUUCCCCAUUCCGGUACGUGGAGGAAAAGGUCCUAUCUUCGAGGAUGGUCCUAACUUUGACGUGGCAUUCAGACUUUUCCAUGGACAGAACGGUGCUGUCCCACUUUCUGGGAGACUGUCUGUUACGAAUGAGAAACAAGAUUCUGAAGCUACACCGCGUCAUUUCAACCCUUUGGUCGCUAAGGCAGCUACCAUAAGUCUCUCCGGUUUUGGAUUUGGAGGGCCGUUUGGUUUUGAUUCUUUCUCCGAGAAGUGGAAGAACCAAAAGAAGAAGUCUGAAUCGUCCAAAAGACAGGGAGGAGAUCCAGAACACGAAGCAUUAAGCAACGAGUGGCUACAAAAUGGAAAUUGCCCUAUAGCGAAGUCAUACCGUGCUGUGAGUACUGUCCUUCCUCUUGUAGCAAAGGCUUUUCAGCCUCCUCCUGGUGUGAAGCUCAAGUGCCCCCCUGCUAUAGUUGCUGCCCGAGCUGCUCUAUCGCGGACUGCCUUUGCAAAAAACUUGCGGCCACAACCUCUGCCGGCAAAAAUAUUAGUGAUCGGUGUUUUAGGCAUGGCAGCAAAUAUUCCUUUAGGCGUAUGGAGAGAACACACUGAAAAGUUUUCGCCGUCUUGGUUUGCAGCUGUACAUGCAGCUGUGCCAUUCAUCGCCAUACUGAGGAAGUCCGUCUUGAUGCCUAAAACGGCUAUGGCGUUUACCAUUGCAGCAUCUGUUCUGGGACAAGUGAUAGGUUCAAGGGCAGAGCGACAUCGGCUCAAAACAGUUGCUUCAAGACACGACCAUCUAGUCGUUGAUGAAGCUAGAGGGGGAUACUGCAAUGACAUUGUUGCUUCAAACACGGUUCCUCUGCACGCCGGUUUCCUUUCACCGGCUGGUGUAGUUAGCUGAUGUUUUGGCAUCGAUAAUGUUGUAUCGAUUUAACCUUAUGCAGGAUGUGCCUGCAUCCAUUCUUUGCAUUUGUUGUAGUCCACAGGCAAAGUUCAGCAUUAAAGAGAAAAGUGUGAGGAUGAACAUUAUUCAUUUUUGGUGAGCUUUUGUAUAUUUAUUAAGUAUCAAUAAUAUUUGAGUGUGUUUACUAUGCCAAAA